AUGUUGGAGGACUGGCGUUCCUUGGCCAGUGGCGACGGGCGGCGCGGCAGGGAGUCGGGCGUCAAGGCGCUGCUGGUAGCCGCCUACUCGGUCAUCAUCAUCAUCUCCCUGUUCGGAAAUUCGCUGGUGUGUCAUGUGAUUGUGAAAAACAAGCGCACUCAGUCGGCCACGAGCGUGUUCAUCAUGAACCUGGCUGUGGCCGAUGUGUUCAUCACUUUGCUCAACACGCCUUUCACGCUGGUCCGCUUUGUACAGAGCACCUGGGUUUUUGGAAGAACCAUGUGUCACAUUAGUCGCUUUGUGCAAUAUUGCUCCCUGCACGUGUCAACUCUCACACUGACUGCGAUCGCCCUGGACCGACGACAGGUAAUUUUGCAUCCUCUCAGACCCCGCAUGUCACCCACUCAGGGCAGUGUUUGGGUGGCUGUGAUCUGGAUCAUGGCCAGCUGUUUCUCCCUGCCACAUGCCAUCUAUCAGAAACUCUUCACUUUCAGGUUCAGUCAAAAAAAGGAGCGCAGCCUGUGCCUGCCAGACUUCCCCGAGCCAUCGGACGUCUACUGGAAGUAUAUUGACCUCCUCACCUUCAUACUCCUUUAUAUGCUGCCCCUCGUCAUCAUCACGGCAUCUUACACUACGUUGGCCCACCGGCUGUGGCACCACAAUGCCAUCGGCGACGCCACUAGGGCUCAGCACGCCACCCAGAAGAAGAAGCGUCGCCGCACGUUGGCCAUGUUGCUCAUAGUGGUGGCGGUGUUCGCCGUCUGCUGGUUCCCGCUCAACUGCUACGUGGUGCUGCUGUCCAGCCACGCCAUCAACUCGUCCAACGUUCUUUACUUCUGCUUUCACUGGCUGGCUAUGAGUUCCACCUGCUACAACCCGUUCAUCUACUGUUGUCUCAACCCCACCUUCCGCCAGGAGCUACGCCUUCUCCUGAGCGUAUGCAGAAGGAAUCGCAGAGUGACGGUGGAACUGGAGCUUGAGCGGCAACCCGCCGCCGCGCGCCCUCCGUGCCGCAGGACCGCCUGGCCUGACAACGAUGAGUCGUUGGGAGAGAGGCAGGCUUUGCCGCAGCCCAGCCACCCAUCCGUACGGGCCCUCACGGGGAGAACUGACAUACUGUCCGUCGAGCCCAUUGUGGCUAUGAGCUGACUAAACCCUGUAACGCAGUGCAAUCUUUGAUUACUUCUUCACGACCUCUAUUACAUUUCCAUUUGGUUCUUUGGGAAAAGCGGCAUCAUCUCAGUUCAUGUUUUUUUCAUGGAACUCCUACAGUGCGGACAAAGCAACCCACUGAAAAUCCAUUUACCAUUUGCUUGUGAAGAAACCGUUUCUCCUC